GACUUUGCAGUUCGGAAACAUAAACUGCCGUCAUGGACGCGUAGGGUAGGCUGUACGUAUUAAAUCUUUGAAGCAGAAGGUGUGUUGGUCAUCUUCCUCUUCACGUGGCUGCCGCAUCUUUGCUUUCUCUCUUUACCCCCACACUCCCCUCCCUCUCCACUCUCCCAAUUCUCCAUUUCCUAACCAAACCCUAGCAUUCCAAACGGAUAUUCAUCCGCGUCAACUUCAGUCGGGAAAUCAAAAGCAACGUAGAUACGCGGCGGAUGGCGGUGUUGCAGUCGCUGUACGGGCCGCUGGAGCGGUGCUUCGGGGUGGCGGCUGGAGGAGACAGUCUGAUGUGGCAUACGGACCUCAAGCCGCACGCCUCUGGUGACUUCUCGAUCGCGGUUGUUCAGGCUAAUUCUACUCUUGAAGAUCAGAGUCAGGUUUGCACGACGCCUUUUGGGACCUUUGUUGGGGUUUAUGACGGACAUGGUGGCCCGGAGGCUUCCAGAUUCGUCAACAAGCAUCUCUUCCCAUUUCUUCAUAAAUUUGCUGCAGAGCAAGGAGGCUUAUCUGUUGAGGUGAUAAAGAAGGCAUUCCAUGAAACUGAACAAGAGUUUUUGAAUUUGGUGAAGCAGGCUUUUCCAGUGAGGCCUGAAAUUGCUUCAGUUGGGUCAUGUUGUUUAGUUGGUGCUAUUUCAAAUGAUGUACUGUAUGUGGCAAACCUUGGUGAUUCAAGAGCAGUUCUUGGGCGGAUAGUUUCUGGGGAUAAAAACUAUAAGGUGGUGGCAGAACGGCUGACAACAGAUCACAAUGUCGCAGUCAAUGAGGUGAGAAAGGAGGUUCAGCAGCUUCAUCCUGAUGAUUCACAAAUUGUGGUGUAUGCUCGUGGAGCUUGGAGGAUUAAGGGCAUGAUUCAGGUGUCCAGAUCUAUAGGUGAUGUUUACUUGAAGAAACCUGAGUUUUAUGGAGAUUCAAUCUUUCAGAAAUUUGGAAACCCUGUUCCUCUGAAAAGACCUGCAAUGACAGCAGAACCCUCCAUCAUUUCCAGAAAGCUUAAGCCAGAGGACCUAUUCGUAAUCUUUGCAUCAGAUGGUCUCUGGGACGAGUUGAGUGAUGAAGCUGCUGUAGAGAUUGUAUUCAAAAACCCGAGAGUGGUGAGUAAUUCUUUUGUCUUGAAAAGUCACAUUAGCCUUUUCCAACCAGGAAUUGCUAAGAGAUUGGUAAGAGCAGCACUUCAAGAGGCUGCAAGGAAGAGAGAGAUGGGAUAUGAUGAUAUAAAGAAAAUUGAGAAGGGAGCGAGGCGUUAUUUUCAUGAUGAUAUCACUGUGAUUGUAAUUUAUCUUGAUCAACACAAAGGUUCCAGCAGCAAUAGAUUUAAACAGAAUGCUGUUAGUUGCACGACAGCGCCUGUUGACAUCUAUUCCUUUAAUGCAGAUAAAGUCGCAGCAGAUGUACUUGACAUAAUUGACUGAAAAAUAACAGAAACCAUUAGAGAUUAACAAGCUGACUUGUUCAAGUGGUUUUUUUCUUUUACAUAUUAUACGGUACAUAAAUGAUAGCUCAUAUUGAUUCUUGACAGGGUCUCAGAAGGUAUACAGUUGGUUUGGGUGAUCAAGUCACUAAAUAUAUGUGGAUACUGAUGGAAGCAAGUUGCAACUGGCUAUCCAAGUGAGGGUCUACACCACUUCCUUCUUGAUUCUCGAUUCUUGAUUUUGCAUCAUUACUAAACCCCAAUAAUUAGACCAUGAAAAAUUGUGAUUUUCUCUUUGCAUAGCUUAUUAACAAAAUAUGAUUCUUGUUAAACUUGAGGGUGUGUUCGGUUAGCAGUCUUUAGUAGAAAUUGUUGUCCCGAAAGUAAUCGUCUCCAAAGACGAUAAGUCUAAAUUUUUUGA